AUUUACCCUAAUUAUAAACAUAAAUUAGGGAGCAAAUGUUCCUCUGUGCUUAUUCCCACCGUCAGUUCACUGUCGGACAAAGCAGUGCCGUCGUCAAAAUCCUCUCCGAUCUCUCUGUUUCCGGCGACUACCUAUCGUCUUCUCCAAUCGCCGGCGGCAAAGCAAUUUCGAUCUCUACCAUUCCAUCUCCCUCAGACAACCUUCAGAUUUCUGACUUUUACUAUGUGGUGAGUACUGUUGGGUAACGAUAUGGCUAUGGUUGAUGUGAUCAUAUGUUGCCUUGACUCCAUCAGACAAAUAUCAGAGCACAUUGAAGGUGCCACUGUCUACUUAGAUGCUGGAUGUACAGAGAGUUUCGAGUUUCUUGGGGCAUACCCUCUGCUACUAGAACUUGGAGCGCAUGCUGUUUGCAGCUUGGAAAAUAUGUCUUCUCUUGAUAUGGUGGUAGAUUGGAAUUCAAACUCAGAUCCUUCAAGAAAAGUUGUGGUCUUCACAUCACGGCUUCUAAGUGAUGCACAUCGAUAUAUUUUACGUUGCCUGAGCACACAUCAAAAUGUUUGCGGUUGCACUAUAUUUACAUGCAUCUCAGAGGUAUCUCACUCUACUUAUCCUGACUCACCUCUAGGACCCGAUGCAUUUCAUGAAUAUGAAUCCUUGCUUGUCCAAGAUUAUGAGGAGCUCCAUAAAAGAUGUGAGGCAAAAUCUAGACAGUCGGGAGAAAGCAAGUCCAAGGAAAAUUUGACCUCCAAAGAUGAAGGAUGGUCACAACUCACUUCCACUGAAGAAGACGCUCCCCCCCUUAAAGCAGGUUCAGGUGCAAAAGAUUCGUAUGAAGAUGACCCGAUAGGCCAUGCAGAAGCCGUAGGACAAAAAUUGGUUGUUUCUGUGCGUCACUUCCCUUUGAUCUUGUGUCCUUUUUCACCCAGAGUCUUUGUCUUACCUUCAGAGGGAUCAGUUGCUGAAGCAUACUUGUCAGUUGACCAAGAGAAUUCCCUUAGUCCCGGGUUGCCUCCGUUAAGUACUGGCUCACCUCCUGAUGGCGAGGAAGUCCCUCCUGGGGCUGCCCUUACAGCACAAUUUCUUUAUCAUCUGGCUGCAAAGAUGGAUCUGAAAAUGGAAAUAUACUCCCUCGGCGAUUUAUCAAAAACUGUUGGGAAGCAAUUGACAGACAUGUCAAGUCUUUAUGAUGUAGGCCGUCGAAAACGAUCAGCAGGGCUGUUACUCAUUGACCGCACACUUGAUCUUCUUACUCCAUGCUCUCAUGGUGACUCACUCAUUGAUCGUAUUUUUUCAGCUUUGCCUCGUAGGGAACGGACAACAUCCUCUGCCCACACGAAAGGUUCACAAACCCAACUCAAACAAGGACCUGGAGACCUGCAACGUGCUCCACUUAAUGUUCAGAUACCAUUAAUGAAGUUUCUCAGGGAAGAAGAUUCUAAAACAGCUAAUUUUCAACUGUUAGAAAGCAUUGCAGCUUUUCUACAUGGGUGGAAUUCUAGCAACACAGCUUUUAAAAUUGAGGAGUUGCUUAAUCUCAGUUCCAAACUUCAUGGUGAAAAAUCUAUGCAUUCUGAGAGCGAGCUUCUUAUUGGGUCCUUUGUCUCAGCAGAAAGUUUCCGUGGAACACCCUAUCUGGAAGCCAUACUAGAUAGAAAAAAAAAAGAUGGUGCCAUACUGAUAAGAAAGUGGCUUCAAGAAAGUUUACGUCGGGAAAAUGUGAAUGUGAAUGUGAAAAUUCGUCCUGGUUUUGCAACAAAAUCAGAGUUGCAACCUCUGAUUGAAGCACUGGCUAGAAGCCAGUCAUCUUUAAUGAGAAACAAAGGAAUUAUUCAACUAGCUGCAGCUACAUUAUAUGCUCUGGAUGAAUCACAUUCUGCCAAAUGGGAUGCAUUUAGCAGUGCUGAGAAAAUGUUAAAUGUUAGUGCUGGAGACACUAGCCAAAGCCUUGCUGCUCAAAUUAGUGACCUUAUCAAUAAGAGUGCCUUAGUGGGAUCAGAUGGAAAUAAAACCGAGACAAAGGAAUCUUCACAGGGGCUGCUUUCUUUCCAAGAUGCUUUGCUUCUCGCGGUUUCUGGAUAUAUAUUGGCUGGUGAAAAUUUCCCAACAUCUGGUUCUGGUGGUCCGUUUUCUUGGCAAGAAGAGCAUUUCAUGAAGGAAGCUAUUGUGGAUGCCGUUCUUGAGAACCCAGGAGUUGCAAAACUGAAGUUUCUCCAUGAUUUAACAGAAGAGCUUGAAGCCAAUUUUAACAAAUUGAACUCAAAGGAAGCAAAGGUAGAUUCUCCGAAGCAAGUACUAAGUGAUGAUUUUGAUGAUGAUCAGUGGGGUAAUUGGGGUGAUGAAGAUGGUGAUAAAAAUAUUAACAAAGAGCAAGUGUAUGGUGACAUGCAGCUGAAGUUGGAGUUGUGUGAUAGGGUGGAUAACCUUUUCAAAUUCCUUCACAAAUUAUCUAGUUUGAAGAAGAGGAAUUUACCAUUGAGAGGAGGGACAUUGGGUUUGGAAACUAAUUUUAAUGCUGAUCCCUACUCUAGUAAAGGACUGAUUUAUAAACUUCUGAUAAGAGUCUUGGGAAAGCAUGAUGUACCAGGUUUGGAGUACCAUUCCUCUACUGUGGGGCGACUUUUUAAAAGUGGGUUUGGAAGGUUCGGCCUUGGACAGGCAAAACCAAGCCUUGCUGACCAAAAUGUUAUUUUGGUAUUUGUAAUUGGGGGCAUUAAUGGUGUUGAGGUGUGUGAAGCUCAGGAGGCAUUGUCGGAAAGUGGGAGACCUGAUAUAGAACUGAUUCUUGGUGGAACAACUCUUCUAACUCCUAACAACAUGUAUGAUUUGCUUUUGGGGGACUCUAGUUACAUUUGAGUCUGCCCAACAUUAUUUUCUUGCAAAUAUUACUCAAGUGAAAAUCCGUUUUUGCUGUUUGUGUAAGUUGUUACACUAUUAGAUGUAAUUUACAAUUGUAGUGAAUUUUUGUAGAAAUAUAGACUGAAGAAAAAUGAAAGGGUACCCAGAAACACAUAUCAUGCUGUUUUGUCGUCGUGUUA